AGUUCUUAGUAAGUGUCCAUUGAUUUUAGAGAGAGAGAGAGAGAAAGAGAGAGAGAUGGAACAAGUAAAUAGUUCUAGACGAUUAUCCUCUUACUAUGUUUUUGCAGGUAUUCUCAUUGGGUUGGUAAUGGAUUCUACCAUGAACUCUUGCUUGGCUGUGAGAGUACUCUCUCCCAGUACUAAAACAGAUACCCAGUUCUUAAGGAGGUCUUGUGAUGCCACAACCUAUCCCACAUUGUGCUUCAGCUCCCUUUCAAGCUAUGCUGCUGCAAUUCAAACUAGCCCAAAGGCAUUAGCUAACACAGCCCUCUCAGUUAGCCUUGGAAGUAGUCGUUCCACUUCAACAAUGAUGUCAACAUUGUCAAAGAGUCAUGGAAUGAAGCCUAGGGAAGUUGCUGCCAUGCGUGACUGUGUUGAGAAUCUGAGUAAUUCUAUUGAUGAGCUUAGGAAUUCUAUGGGGGAGAUGGGUCAUCUUGGAGGCUCUAAUUUUGGGCUUCACAUGAACAAUAUACAGACAUGGGUGAGUGCAGCGUUGACACAGGAAAAUUCAUGCAUGGAUGAUUUUGCUGGUAAUUCCAUGAAUGGAAAUGUGAAGACCACUGUGAGAGGCCAUAUGGUACGAGUUGUUCAAUUGACAAGCAAUACCUUGGCGCUUAUCAAUGGCCUUUCCUCUUCCCAAAGCUAAAUCUCCGAUAUGAGAGAGGGUCUUCAUUUCUCAACAAUUCUAUUGUACUUUGCUCCUAGAGUCAUAUUCGACCACUAUACAGACAGGGAAUCUUUUCACCGUGGGUGAAGAGAAACUGGUGUAAUAGACUUUUAGAUUGUAAUGGAGUAAUGGAAGAAAGAAAAAAAAAAUCUUAAGGAGUAAAAAAAUUUUAAUA